AUGUGCAAAGGAGGGCAGGAUGAAAAUCAACCUGUGUCUAUUGGAUGCAUAUUUCCCUCUAGAUGGGCUUACACAUUUCAAACAUAUGCUUGCCUUAGCAGAGUAAAGGCACAGCUUAAGCCUGUUUCUGGUAAAUUACGUGAAGCUGAUCACCCAGUGCAGUUUUUUGAAAGAUCUGUGUACAGUGACAGAUAUGUAUUUGCUUCAAGCUUGUUUGAAUCUGGAAGUAUCAGUGAAACUGAAUGGGCUAUAUAUCAAGAUUGGCACACUUGGCUACUCAAUUCAUUUGAAAGUGAAAUAGAAUUGGAUGGUAUAAUCUACCUCAGAGCUACCCCAGAGGUAAGGAAUUUAUUUAAAAGGAGCAAAUUAAUUCUGCAGUUUUGCAAGUACACUUGUUGUCAACCUUAUAGGAUAUACAAUAAGUAAUGUUAACUGAGGGCUAGCCAACUCAAAUGUGCUUAAUUGUAGUAAUUGAUGCAUAAUACAGUAACAAAUGCAUGGUGAGGCUCCUGGUUAGUAGUAUCAACAACUAAAAACAGUGCAUGGCAGCAUCACUCUUCUCUAAUCUUAAACCUUCUGAACAUAACUAAUUUUGGUUUUAUGAACUCUUUACACUAACAGGAUAAUAUUAUGCAGAUG